AUGUCACCUGGAAAAAAUAAAGAAAGAAGAUACGUGGACCAGCUUCCGUGCAGCAUUCACAAGACCAGGGACUAAACUCGAAAGCUGCAUGUUUUCGUCCGCCAAGGUAUACUUCCUCAUUAUUAGGAAGCGUAUAAAUUUAACAACAGCAUUAUACAAAACUGUAAUUUAAUUUAUUGACAGGCAAACUCGUACGUCAAAAGUUGACCACAGUCUGUUGAGUAACCUAUCUCUUGAAGAACCACAUGAAUCCUUCGCUGGUUCACAAAUCUGGACACCCACCUGUUGGAGCAGGAACGGCAGCGAUACAAGCUCGGCAAAUGAAACCCCUGAUAAAUGUGAUCAAGCAAUCUUGGAUGUUUAUAAUGAAAGUUUAAAAUGCGUAGCAAACAGUGCUAAUCUUGAACAACCUCAGCCCCUCCAAUAUCGUCUAAGUGGUGAUUGGGAAACUGCGACAAAGAAGAAAAAGCAAGAAUGCAAAGAAAGCUACUGAGGCAUGCAAAUUGAUCUGCAACGUCAUUGCUCCAUCAGAUGGGCAAAAACUAUUCCAGGCCAUAAACAUUGCGAAAUCGGAACCAUCUAAAGAAACAAUUGCACUAAUUACAGCUUUUAAUAAUACUCCUACUACAAAUUUGAAAACACAAAUUCUCAGUAUAUAUGCUUACGAACAUUCCAUUAAAUCUUUACAAGAGCUUCAUGAGCCUUUUGGAAAAUUAACGAAGUGGCAAAUUAAGAGAGCUCGAAUACACGCCUGCACAAAUGAAUCGGGAGUCGCAGUGGUCAAAUCACUAUGCCAUCGUGUAAAUCUAGAUAUUACAAAGGUUGACCAUUUCAUAGAUUUUGUAAACCGGCCUUACUUUCAUCAGGACGUGGCUUAUGGAGUGAGGACACUGAAGCUUGAAAGUGGUGAAACAAUACAGAUGCCAAAUGUUAUUCGGACAGUGACAAGGUCGACAAUGGUUUCUCAAUAUUUCCAGUUUUGCAAGCAGGAACAAUAUCAGUCACUAAGCAGGUACACGCUUUUCUGCAUUUUAGAAGUUAGAGAAGCAUCGCAACGCAAAUCUUUGCAGGGUCUCAAUAACACCGCCACGGAUGGCUCAAUGGCCUUUGAAACCCUAACAUCAAUUGCAGAACAACUUACAACAGUGGGCUUGAACAAGACGUGCACACGAAGCAUUGUCAAGAGGCUUGAAAAGGCAAAACAAUACUUAAAGACUGGUUACAAUGCAAAUUGCCAAGCCACUGAGAGUCACUAUGCAGACCACUGUAGGCCCUUUGCAUUAAGUGACCCUGACAUUAAGGACUUUCAAAUCAAGUGCACGCAUCAGCAUUUGUUGAUAUGUGAAAGCUGUGAGGAACUCAAGACUACACUGGAUGAACUGGAGAAAACAAUAAAGGAACAUUCCGAAAGUUCGUUUACUCAGGAUCCUCGAGAAACCCUUCUCCAUUACUUUAAAGAAGCACAAGAUUACAUAUUGAGAUGGAAGGCACACAUUGUUAGAUCGGUCAAUCAAGAGUUAGCAAAACAGGAUGCUUUGGAAAACAUGGAUGAUUCAUCAGCUUUUUAA